CGCCCUCCUUUCACUCGUCAGUCACACGACAAACAACCUCGCGCCGUGUCGCAGUUGACUUUGAAGGCGAAACAGCUCAGCAGCUCUUCCGCCGCCGCGAUGUGGGCAAGCCGCUGGGCAACGUCGGGUUGGGCCCGUUCGCCGCAUUGCCUCGAGGCGCGCUCGUGGAGAUUGCCGGCGACGCGGGCACUGGCAAGACGCGGCUGUGCCUGUCGUUUGUCAUCUCGUGCAUAUUGCCGUACGAGUACCGCGGCGUCUGUCUCGGGGGCAAGGGCGUCCACGCAGUCUACAUCGACUGCGACUACCGCCUCGGCGCUGCAGACGUCAUGGCAUUCAUUGAGGCCCAUGUCCGCUCGACAAUUGCAUCACGGCAAGCGUCCGUGUCAGUGGUAGGCACAAGUACUCCUUCUGCCCAAGGACAAGGGCUGAAUUUCAGCAGACCAGACUCGAACUCGGUCGUAGGAACGGAUUCGAGCACUGCCUCCUCGCAAGACCUCGUUCUCACCGAAGCAGACAUUGCGUACACGGUGCGCGACGCCAUGUCGCGGUUGCUGAUUGCCCGGUGCAACUCGAGCGAGCAGCUCAUCAUCACCCUUCAUGCGCUGCAAAUGCAGCUCGGUGGCGUGUUGCUCGAAUCCUCGGUCGCUGGGGCACCCGUGCCCCAAGUGCUUGUGAUUGAUUCGGUCUCUGCGUUUUACUGGAUGGAUCGUGAUUCGCACUUGCCAUCGUCUCAGAAAGGCAGUCCUGCCUCGAGCAUGAGCAAUUUCGCUGCACAGCCCCUCGAACACAAGUACGUGGCGGACGUCGUAAAGCGUCUCUGCCAAGAGCAUCAAUUGAUUGUUCUUGCUACCAAGCCGUCGUACUUUGCUUCGUCUUUGGCAUCGUCUUCUGCUCGGAACAGCAACAGCAAUAGCAGCAGCAGCAGUAGUAGCAACAACAACAACAGCAGGACCUCCGGAUUUCGUGACUACAUGCAUCGCGGGUGGCAGCUCGCUGUUACCCACAGGCUUGUAACAAGUAAUGCCGUUGCCGACAACCAAGGCAUCCACCUUUUGCAAAGCAUCUCCGCCGCUGGACAAGUCACCAACACCUUUUCGAUUGGUUACGACGCGUUUGGGCACCAAGUGUGUUUGUCCUGAUUCCAAAAUGCGAUUCCCAUGUACAUGUAUCAUACAGUUAUUUAUUUUUCA